UGGAAGUUGGGAACUCCUCCUUCCCGCGAAUACCCAACGCUUGAAAAGAUUCCAAACCAAACAAAGCCUCCCACCUCUUUCUCUCUGUUUCUCUCUAAUGCUAUCCAAUGUUGCACAAACCAAAACUCGCAGACAAUCCCUUUCCUUCUCCUUCAACCUCUCCCUCCUCUGCAUCACUUCUCACUCAAGAUGGCCACCGAACAACAACAACAACAACAAGAGCAGCCACAACAUGAACAACAAAAACAACAAGAAGAAGCUGCAGCCAUGCUGGUUGCAGUGACUACUUGCAAGUACUCCAACCGGGUCUUAUUGAAAACCAUAUUGGAGCGUGAUGAUGGUGGUGUGGGAUUGGUUGGUGAGAGAGUUUUGAUAGGGGGGUGGGUCAAGUCUUCUAAAGAGGAGACUAAAGAGCCCGUGCCACCGCAACUGCCACCACCACCACCACAAGCUGUUGAAAAAGAGUCUAAAGUCGAAAUUAGCUGUGUCGAAAUCAUUCAGUCUCGUAUACCAUUUUUCCGGUCCAUCAUAAAUGUUUUGGGGAUUGGAAAUUACCAUGCUCGUGAGAAGUUGGAGAAGCCGGCUCCUAGGCCGCUGCUGCCACCACUCCCUUCCAUUGCUUUCUUGCGAGUUAGUGAUGGUUCAUGUGUUGCAACUCUUCAGGUUAUUGUAGCCUCCAGUAUAGCUCCUCCCUGCCAGCUCCUGCCUAUUGGAACUUGUAUAUUGGUAGAAGGUGUAUUGAUGCAGCCAUCGGUACCGAGAAAACAUGUUAUCGAGCUUAAAGUGGAGAGAAUUCUUCAUAUAGGGACAGUGGAACAUGAUAAGUAUCCAUUAUCAAAGAAAAAAGUACCAUUUGAAAUGUUAAGGAAUUAUUCCCAGUUUCGACCUCGGACAACCACGGUGGCAUCUGUCGUGAGAAUCAGCAAUGCCCUGACUUUCGCGACUCACACAUUCUUCCAAAACCAUGGCUUCCUUUAUGUGCAAGUACCCAUUAUCACGACCACAGACUGUGAAGGAUUUAGUGAAAAAUUCCAGGUUACAACUCUUCUUGGAAAAGCAGAUAUAAAGGUGAAGCCAAACACCCAUAAUGACACCGAUGGAGUUAGCCCUGAAGUUAUUAAGUCUGCUGUAGAGGAGAAAAGUAAGGUAAUUGAAGAACUAAAGAGGAGUGAAAGCAACAAGGAAGCACUGACAGUUGCAGUUCAAGAUUUUCAUAAAACAAAUGAACUAGCAUCACAGUUAGAAGCAAGAGAAAAACCAAAACCUGGAACUUCACUGAAGGCUGAUAUUAACUUUUCUGAAGAUUUCUUUGCCCGCCAAACUUACCUAACUGUUUCUGGUCGCCUACAUCUGGAGAGCCAUGCAUGCGCCCUUGGAAAUGUUUACUCAGUUGGACCCAGGUUUAGAGCAGAUUCUACAAAACGUGUGGCAGAGAUGUCAAUGAUUGACAUUGAAAUGGCUUUUUCACAGUUAGAGGAUGCCAUGAGCUGUGCGGAUGACUUUUUCAAGUUCCUUUGCAAAUGGAUUUUGGACAACUGUUCUGAAGAUUUGAAAUUUUUUUCAAAACGAAUUGACAAACCCUGCAUUGCUCACCUUCAAUCAAUGAUAUCAACUACAAUUGAAAAGAUUUCCUACACUGAUGCAGUAGAUUCUUUUAAACAGGUUGCAGAUAAUAUAUUUGAAAAGAAACUUGAGUGGGGUGAUGCUCUUACAGCAGAUCAUCUAAGUUACUUGGCUGAGGAGAUCUACAAGAAGCCUGUAAUAAUAUACAACUAUCCAAAAGAAGUUAAGCCCUUUUAUGCUCGCUUGAAUGAUGACAGAAAAACAGUUGCAGCAUUUGAUAUGGUUGUACCAAAGGCUGGAACUUUAAUUUCAGGUAGCCAAAAUGAGGAGCGUUUUGAUAUGUUAAGUUCAAGAAUAAAGGAAUUGGGUUUGCCAAGAGAGCAGUAUGAGUGGUACUUAGAUCUUCGCAGGCAUGGAACAGUCAAGCACUCUGGAUUCAGUCUUGGGUUCGAUCAUAUGGUUCUCUUUGCCACUGGGCUGAAUGAUAUUAGAGAUGUUAUCCCUUUUCCUAGAUGCUGUGGCAAAGCCAACAACUAAUCAGGUUUCAGGCAAAGGAGACAUUUCCUAAAUGAAGAUCCUCUACAUUAAAUUAUUUAUUUGUUAUGGAAUGAAGAAGUCUAAUAAUAUCUUGUGUACAUAUGUGAAAAGUGUAUCCUAUAUUCAGAGUUUAUACUUGUGCAAUUGAAUGCUUGGUUGUUCACAUGAAUGCAUAAAUGUGUAUGACCAAA